AUGUCACAUCUGCUGCAAGCUAGUGGCGCAAAUGAAGUCCGAAGAAAUCUUGUAAGAAAUGUAUUUUAUCUACAGCAAGUCAAGGAAUGCAUCUUCUGCAAAGCGUGUGUACAGAGCAUCAAAUGCUGGAAGCAACCCCGUUACUGCCUUUCAAACGGUUUGAACUUUCCUGUCGUGGAUCACAGGCUGCAGAUUUUGACAAGACUAGAAGAACGACUUGUAGCUGCACGUCAUAUUUUCCAGACAAUCUGGCCGUCACACGGUGGACAGCUCCGAUGCAAGGGAGGAAUUGUUAAUGUCCCAGUUUCCGUUGACACAACAGUAUCCCUCCUUCCUCAUCUUACCACUGAUGCGCAUGUUGUGCAUGUUCGUAUUGCACGACGAAUGCAAUACAAAGGCAACUAUAUCACCGGCAGCGUCAGACCAAACUGCAUCUGGCAAGCUGCUGUGCACCUUAGGGCUCAGCCACUUUAUCAGUUUCACAGUAUUGCUCUUUCGGACAACUGGUUGAUGCAACACUGUUACGUCCAUCCUACUGCGGACGCAAACAUCGAGCCUGAGGAAGAUGAGGAAGAGGAAGAUGCUGAGCCUCUUAACCCUGACGCGCAGGAAACUAUGCUGUCGGCUGAGGACGGAGAGUACGGUAUAAGGAUGGCUCCUGGCAAAGGUCGUGGGCCUGUUUCAGUCCUUCUGGACGAAGAUACCGAAUAUCUUUCAUUCCCAACAUUUUUUGGCGGGCAUAAACUGCAACCCGUCUUUCAAGGCCAUCCAUUGUCGUACUCGGAUAUCGCCAAAUCAUUUGCAGUGCGAUACGGUCGAAGAGUAGCGCAACGCCCCGAUUACUUACUGUUCAUGGCGAAGAAGAUUGAGCUGCUGAGAUUAUCUAGCAACAUAUCUUUAUGCUUGCGGAAAAGGAAAAUCCGCAACCGCAAUGACAUCAAUGCCUCUAAUCUCAGCAACAAUGAUUUUAUCUACGGGCUUGUGCAGCAUGAUGAUGCAUAUAGUGUUCUUACUGGUGUGCGAAAUUCCUGCACACAUUGGCACAAUGAAAAGCAGAAAGUAUUGGCAAUGGUAAGACAGUUUGGACUGCCAACCUUCUUCCUCACUCUUUCCGCGGCUGAGACACAGUGGCCCGAACUUCUUUAA